AGAAGAAGAAAUUUGAACUACAGCAGCCCUUGAGUUCUUUUUUUCUUGUUUUCCGUAACUGCCAAUGGCAUGCUUAAACAUGUUCAACAAUGAACAACAUCAAGGACUCUACAGCACCAUGAGUCCAAGAAUAUCAUUUUCUAAUGAUUUUGCUGAUCCUCAACAGCCCAUCAAGCUUGAGAAUAGCUACAGAGAAGCUCCCGUCUCGUCGGAUUUCGAGUUCUCUGUCCCUAACUACACCAUGAUCUCUGCUGAUGAGCUGUUCUUCAAGGGAAAAAUGCUGCCCUUGAGGGAAAACUGCACAAAAACGACUACCCUUCGCGAUGAGCUUCUUGCUGGUGGUGAUGACUAUGAGGAUGUGUCGCCUAGGUUGGCCAAAGGCGUAAACCGGUGGAAGGAGAGAUUUGGCCUCAAGAGAUCACAGGUUGUACCUAAGAAAUCUGACAAGAAUAAUGAUGGAUCUUUGGAAAGUGUGGAUGAGAUGAAGAGUCAGUAGAUCGUUUAUGAGAACUUUGAAGGGUCUUUCUAGUGCUCGUUUCAUUGGUGUUGAUGACGAAGAUUUUUGUUGUUUCUGCUAAUGUUAGAGGAAUUAAUGUGAGGUUUGGAUUAAUGUAGAGAUAGAUGGAUUUCUUGAGUUUAAUCCUUCGUCAUCCUUUUGUACCUAGUGGGAUCUGUGUACACAAAAUAUUACCGCCAAUGUAAACCUCUUUUUUUUCCUGUACAAAUGUUGGGAGUCAAAGUUCUAAUGUAAUAAUUUGUAUGCGUAAUUUGAUUCUUCUGAUUGAAUGCAAUGAAACUCAUCAUUUGUUUGCUCAUAGUUUUAUGAU